AUGGCCGCGAACCUGGUGGUGCCCUCGGACAUCGCGGUCCUGGAGGAGAAACACACGAUCGGGAGGCGCAAGCUGCGAGUCCUCGAGUGGACGGGGCUCCUGGGCAUGAGCCCCAUGUUCCACCUGCACUACAGCAAGAUGGACCCGGGCGACAAGCGCGCGGUCCUGUCCAAGAAGUUCGACAAGGACGACAAGUCGGAGGUGGGCAUGAUCCUAAAGAAGCGCCAGGAGUCGGUCCGGAAGGAGGUGGUGGCGCACAACUUCAUGUGGGCCGGCGCUGGCACCAUGGCGGGUUGCACGUGGUGGUCUUUCCGACGCUACAACUACCAGUCCCGCCUGGUCGCCCUGCCGUUCAUCUUCUACGGCGGCACCUUCGUCGGGCGCUGGGUCGGCGACAUCAUCACCGGCAGGAACGCCGAGUUCUCCAGGGACCGGUUCCUGGGGCAGCUGCCAGCCAAGGUGUAUUUCUCGCCGGAGGCGGCCUGUGCGAUGCAGGUGCGCGCCUCUGAGAGCCAGAUCAGGGCCAGGUCGCUCGUGGGCAAGGCGGGCAGCAUCUGCGACCCGGUCAACUCGCUCGCCAUGAAGGGCAAGCUCAAGAACAACUGCUCGCAGCCGACGCUCACGCUCAUCACAUCGCCCAUGUCUGAGAUCACCCUGGAGAACCACGACCGGAUCCUCGCGGGUAUACCAGAGGGAGUCGAGUAUUAUUUUUGGGUGUUCCCCCUGAACCAGGAGCGGUCAGAGCUCACCUCCCUCUCGGCGCGGGAGCGCGUGCACCCGCUGGCGCAGUUUCUGUUCCAGGGCGGCUUCUGCUACUGCGACGCGGAGCACCGAGUCUUGUCCGUGCACGCGAUCUCCAACAAGCGGGAGGACGCCUUCUUGCAGUUCGACUGCCCUUCGGAGCUGAGCAGACGCACCACGGACAAGAUCAAGAAGACGGGGCGAUUUCACCCCGUCAUGUCGCCCUACCUCAAAGAACGCGGGGCGACGAAGUUCUGCUGGGUCAUGCCCGAGGAAAUCUUCGGCAGGGCCAACGUUGGCGGGAAGAACGGGGCCUUCGUGUACUUGAUGGAGGGCCAGGGCUCCUCCCUGCUGUUCCCGGUGCUGAGCGCGUGA